AUAGGAAAUUUGUUGUAUAAUGCGUACUUAAACUUCUUUAGUUUAUUGCAUACAUAGGCAUGCAAGUAGGCCUUGGAAUAAGUGUUUCCUUCACUUUUUAGUAGUACAACUAAAUUACACAAGACAGGCUGGAUGUGCGGAUUGUCCUUGCGCAUGGCUCCCAGUAUAUUUUUCGUCCUAAUCUGGCGCCUGACUGUGCAAAUGAUGUAUCCAUACGGAUACAUGGGCUGUUCGCUGCAGGAUGCGUUGGAUAAUGAGAGUCUGGUAUGGAACAAGGGCGAUCGCAUGGAGAACCAGAUGAUGAUGCUGAUAAGGGACUCCAUUUGCACCACACUCCUGCUCGUGCUGAUGAUGGAGGUGAUGCAGACGAUAAAUGCAGCCGUGAAUAUUCCAAUCCCGAUCAUGGCCGCCAGACUUUAGUCUUCGUUCUAUGAACUCUGUCCCUGCUUUAUGGCUAUAGAAGCUGCAGUCCGUUUAUUGCCCCAUCAAAACAACAGUGCUCAAAUAAUUUCGUCUUGGGGUAGGACCGCCAUUGUGCCAACGUUCGUCGACUUUGUCGUUGUCGUCGCUGCCCAUUUAAUCAGUAAAUUUUAUUUUUAAAAAUGUUAUUAAACAAUAUUUGCCUUAGCAAAAGUCCGACGCUCGCAGUGCAAUAAACUUUUCAGCACUUGA